AUGGCCAACGAAUCCCCGCCCGGCUCCAUGUUGAAUGCGGCCGUGCCGCUGAGUGGUAGGCUCUGCGCCACCAUUCUGCAGCUGAUUACCAUGUGUGUACUUGCAUUCUGCAUAAUGAUUAUCCUCAUAUAUGUCGACUCGGCUGUGUUCGUCUUCGCAACUUCCAUUGUCCUACAUGGCAUCGGGGUCAACGCCGGCGAGAUGGUCUGCGAAGCUAGCAUUUUCCUUUGUCUUCUCCUCUACAUGUCUACCAAGAUCUUGACGUACUACUUCUUGGUCGAACGAGCAGUACGGGCUGAACUGACACUCUGCAGCCGUAUCUCAUACGUCAAUGACAAAGGUGUCUGUAUCAUUGGCAUGCAGAAGGUAUCAAUGAUGCCUCUUAUCAUCUUUGAAGCCGUUGUCAACAUCUACUUGACAUUGCUCUUCAUUAUUCCCCUCCGUGGCCUCGUCUCCUACCAGACCAACUCCAACCCCCGCAUCAGGCGUAUGGCGUGGCGCUCUUUUAUCGGAUCUUUAGCUACGCUUACUGUCGCCGUCGUCAACCUUACCGUACUGAUGGUCCUCGACGGUGAGCCUGCAUGGGUCUGCUUCACGUGCUGUAACGCCGAUAUUCUUUUCUGCACAUCCGUCCUACACUGGGUCACCUCCAAGGAGCGUCAAGAUGAAGACUCGUUGGCCCGUUCCAACGGAUACACGGCUGGAAAGACCGGCGGCAACGGCGGCAACCCCAACGGUUACGGCAACGGAACACUCCGAUCCCACAUUUCUCGUCGCGUCUCCAUCAGCGACGUCGAUCGCGAAAUGGAUAAGAAGAAUGGCCUGUCGACCACCAGCACGGUGUCGCCUGAGAAAGGAAUCUCCAACCCCCUUCAGCGUCCCGCGGUAAUCACCACCGAGUGCAAGAGUGCCACCCCGGUGGCCGGAGCCUUCUCGAAGUACAGGCGGGGUAGUGAGUGGGACGAGGAGCCUCUCAAGGGGCGGAAGGAGGAUGAGGUCGAGCUGAGGAACAUCCACGUUCACACUGUCCAGACACGUGAGGUCGAAAUAGAUGGCGAACAUGAACGGAGCAUGAGCCAUAGUGCGGGCGCCAGCACAGACGGCGAGACCGAUGCAUGGAGUCGUCGAGGCGUUGUGGUUGAGCGGAUGGUUUAA